AUGGGUGUGUCGAUCGAGGCGGUGAAUGACGAGCAGGGGUCGUCGCGCGAGCAGGGGUCGUCGCGCGAGCACCAGGUGAUGGUGCCGCACGCGUCCAUCAAGGACGAGUUGAAGGAGACGUUCGCGCCGGUGAAGCAGCUCAUGGUCAUCGACAACGACCCCUUCAAGGGGUACCGCGGCAAGACGGCGGCGCAGCGCGCGAAGAUGGCGCUGUUCUACGUUUUCCCCAUCCUCGAGUGGGUCUCUAAUUACAAGAUCGCCGACCUCUUCGGCGACGUCGUCGCGGGGCUCACCAUCGCCAGUCUCGCCGUCCCCCAGGAUCUCGGGUACGCGAAGCUCGCCAAGCUGCCGCCCAUCAACGGUCUUUCUGAUGUCGUCUCUGUCGUCGCCAUGAUCCCUCCUUCGCAAGCCCCCCCCUUCCCCCACUCCUUCGACACAUUCUUUCCGCCUCCCCGCUUCUCCUUCCCCUCCACGUCCCCUCCGCGACUCCCCCCCUCCGCCUCCCUUCUCCCUCCUUCAGACAGCAGCUUCGUGCCGCCGCUGAUCUACGCAGUGCUGGGCACGUCGCGGCACAUCGCGAUAGGGCCGGUGGCGGUGGUGUCGCUCCUACUGGGCGACCUGCUCUCCAAGUACUACGACGCGGACGCGCAGCCCGCGCAGUACCUCAACCUCGCCAUCACCGCGACGUUCUUCGCGGGGAUCUACCAGCUCGCGAUGGGCAUCUUCCGCCUGGGCUUCGUCAUCGACUUCAUGAGCCACGCCGUCAUCGUGGGGUUCAUGGCGGGCGCCGCCAUCACGAUCGCGCUGCAGCAGCUGCGCGGGCUGCUGGGGUACACGUCGUUCACGCAGGAGACGGACAUCGUGGCGGUGCUCGAAUACGUCUUCAAGAACACCAACCAGUUCAACUGGCGCGCGUUCCUCAUCGGCAUCACCAUGCUCGCCUUCCUCCUCGUGCUGCGCGUGCUCGCGCAGCACCUCAAGGGCCGGAAGGUGGUGGGAAAGGUGUUUUUCUACCUCAACUGCGUGGGGCCCAUGACGACCGUCAUCGUGUCGACGCUCGCCGUGUGGCUGACGAACGCGCCCGUGCCCAAGGUGGGCAAGAUGCAGAAGGGGCUGGCGGGGCUGGGGUCGCUGGGCAACCUGCAGCUGACGGGGCAGGACGCGGCGGACGGCGCCGUCGUGGGGCUCGUGUCGGGGCUCGUCGCGCUCACGGAAGCGUCGGCGAUCGCGCGGACGUUCGCCGCGUUACAGGGUUACCACGUGGACGGGAACAAGGAGAUGAUCGCGCUGGGCGCGAUGAACGUGGCGGGGUCGUUCACGUCGAGCUACGUCACCACGGGGUCGUUUUCGCGAUCCGCCGUCAACUACAACGCGGGCGGCGCCACCAUGCUCACCAACAUCGUGAUGUCGCUCGUGGUGUUGGUCACGCUGCUGUGGGUGACGCCCGCGUUCCAGUACCUGCCGAACGCGACUCUCGCGGCGAUCAUCAUCAACGCGGUGCUGGGGCUGCUGGACUACGAGGCCAUCUGGAAGAUCUGGAAGGCCGACAAGGUCGACUUCAUCGUGGCGCUCGGCACGUUCCUGGGCAUUCUGUUUGACUCGGUGGAGACGGGGCUGCUGGUGGGCGUGUGCCUGUCGAUGCUCAAGAUCCUCGUGCAGAUCACGCGCCCGCACCUCGCCACGCUGGGGCUGGUGCCGGGCACGGGCGUGUAUCGCAACAUUCAGCAGUACCUGCAGGCGGAGGUGACGGAGGGCGUGUAUGUGCUGCGCGUGGAUGGGCCGCUCUACUUCCCCAACGCCAACUACGUGCGCGAGAAGGUGCUCUCGCUCGCCGACGCGUACAGAGACGACCAUAACGGCGACAGUAUCACGCAUUUCGUGUUGGACUUCACGCCCGUGGCCGACAUAGACACGACGGGCACGCACGCGCUGCAGGAGCUGCAUGGGCUGCUGUCCAAGCAGGGCGUGCAGCUGGGCAUCAGCAACCCCUCGCGCAUGGUGCUGCGCAAACUUGUUGCAUCCGGGUUUCUAGAGGUGCUGGGGGAGGAGUGGCUGUUCCUCUCGGCGCAUGAAGCCGUCAAGUCGUGCAGAACAUUUAGACUAUCUAUUAAGGACGUUUGA